CAUGGUUCAUCUCACCAGUACUCAGUGGCACAGUGUCAGCGUGUUUGUAUUGGUUGGUACGUCGGUUCAUACUGCGUUCGCCGCAACCUCUUACCGUAGGCCUUCGCGCUCUACCAUUCUUCUACGGUUUCACUUUUGCCAUUAAUGUAUUGAGUGUGGUGCACGACGGCCCUAAGCUAUUAGCGAUGGAUGACAUACCUUUGUGGGCCGCUUUUGGAGCUUCAGUGGCGUUAGGCGUUAUAUUGGCAGGCUGCGUACGCGCAUUUCUAGUUCCAUAUUAUCGGAGAAAACUUUCCCCUCCUGUAAAUUUCACUUUAGGUUUGUCAAAUGAAACCACACCUGCAAAUACACCAACACAUUCAAACAAACAUCCACCUCAACGACCCACCUCCCUUCUCUCCGAAGAUGGAAAGGUACUCGAAGCGAUUGCGGAAAGCGCCGAAAUGGUGACGCUCAGUGAUGCCGAUAGAGUUUCAGUCGGAGUAAGAGAGAUGAAUGCAAGGAACCGAGCCUUGCUCGCGACCAUGGACGAUUGCAGCAUUCUCUCUAGAAGCUUGAGUCCACCAAACAAGUCGAGACUUCAAUUGAUCGAUGCCGAUCCACAAAUCAACACUCUUAAAUAUAUAGAUGAGACGAUUAGUUUCUGCAAAAGUUUGGAUUCAUCACAACUUGCUGGCAUGGGGGAGAGUUACGAUUCGAGAAAUGGAUUUAUUGGUGGUUCAUGUGAUACAAUAGCGCGUGGUGAAUUCGAUAGACUCGCAGCCGCUAGAGCCACUCCGGCCGCUGUAGAGUUCGAGACGCCUCCUCCAAGAUCAGAGAAAGGUCCGGAGGGUAGUGCGUGGUCGAUUGAGUGUGACGUCCGCAGUCGGCUGGCCGCCAUCACGCCCAACUCUAGCGCGGCGCCAUUGCUUCGUCCCGCCAGCCCCCCGCCCGCACCGCCCUGCCCCGCUCCCCCGCCAGACACUUUGAAACUGUUCUCUUUUCUACAAGUCCUCACUGCUUCGUUUGGGGCUUUCGCUCACGGUGGUAACGAUGUCAGCAAUGCGAUAGGUCCACUAGUGGCGUUAUGGUUGUUGUAUUCGGAGGGCGGCGCUCAUGCCCGCGCGGAGACUCCUCUCGCCAUCCUGGUGUUCGGGGGCGUGGGCAUCGCCGCCGGACUGUGGUUGUGGGGCCGAAGGGUUAUACGGACUGUGGGCGAGGACCUUACCAGCAUCACGCCUGAUACAGGGUUCACGAUAGAGUUGGGUGCUGCGCUGACGGUACUGGUGGCAAGCAAGGCGGGUCUACCAGUAUCCACUACACACUGCAAAGUUGGCUCCGUCGUUUGUGUUGGAUACUUCUCAGAAAAGGCCGUCGAUUGGAGCCUCUUCAGGAAUAUAAUAUUUGCGUGGGUUGUCACUGUUCCGGUCGUGGCUGCCAUUGCCGCAUUGGCUAUGUUGGCGCUCGAAGCUUUUGUCGUAUAAACUAAUUGUUGCGAUAAACAGACAUUUAUUUAUCUUCUGUAUACAAUUUUCGCACUGAGGGAAUAUUUGCAUGACAUGUUGUGAGCUCGCUUUGGGACCUAUUAUUAAAAUUUAUGAAACCAGAAUACGGCGAAAUUAAAAUAUUCUUUACUCAAUAAAAAAAAAUCUAGGUAUGAUUGAAUUAUCCAUAAUUUUUUACCUGCCUCCCGUUCAGGCCGGCUUUUGACCGACAAGAAUUGUGGGUACUUAUAAAUCAAUUAACUACCAAACACACAUCGUAUCAUCAUAAAAAAAUACUAAAGUAAUGGUUAAAUAUCGAUAGAAAAAAACAAUUUUGUUAUAAAUAUUUCCUCAGUUCGACCCGUAAAAGACAAUCAGUUUGGAUUACAUGACGAUGUUUUAUAUAUUUUGAGUAGUUUUAAUACUUUUUUAAUUUUUGUCGUAAGUAAAAAUUUUUCGUUGAAGAAAAAGCGACUUACCUGCCUAGAGCGGUAAAAACUUUUAGUUCCAUUGUAUUAAUUGGAUAAGUGUCCGAAUUUUUCAACGUUUAAAUUUUAAUUAUUGCUUUAUUC